UACACUGGUUAAAGGGUUAGGGUUAGCUAAGGCUAAGGGUAGGGGUUAAGGUUAGGGUUUAGGGUAAGACCGUCCCAAUGAGUCCAGAUAGCGCUAACCUUAUUUUUAUGAGUCAUUGGGUACACAACCAUUGGUGUGUGUUGGACGCUCCGCCCAUGGUGGCGGUACCGUAAAAACUGAGAGUGAAGGAAAUCGUGUAAAGACUGGCAUCUGACAGCACGCGACUAUAUCUACGUCCAAAGCGUUGUUUGCUAGAACUAUUUAUAUUUACAUGAAGUAGCCAACUGCUUCAGAUUGUUUCGAAUGGAGACCAGACAACAGGAAAGAGGACAAGGACAUAUCAGGACAGGUCUGUUGGACCCAGAGCCUGUAACAGAAGUAGAUGAAGAGAUGGUGUCAGAUGUGGACCUCAACAACACUAUGACUGAUGAAGAGAGGGAGGAAAUAUUGAGUGAACUCACAAAGUUAGAGGAAGAAAUCUCCACCCUGAGGCAAGUGUUGGCCUCCAAAGAGAAACACCACUCAGAGCUCAAAGCCAAACUGGGUAUAACACCACUCAGUGAGUUCAAACAGAACUUCAACAAGAGCUGGUAUGACAUGCAGACUUCCACUGCGUACAAAAAGACAUCGGAGACGUUGAGCAUGGCAGGUCAGAAAACGACAGCAGCGUUCACCGCACUGGGAACAGCCAUCAGCAGGAAGUUUGGGGAUAUGAGAUCAAAUUCACUUGGCUACUCUAUCCGCCACUCAAUGAGCAUGCCCGCUAUGAGGAACUCGCCCAGUUUCAAGUCCUUCGAGGAGAAGGUUGAAUGCACUGUUUCCAACAUAAAGCAGACCAAGGUGGGAAGCCAAGGGGGUGGAGGGAGUUUUGAGGAGGUGUUGUCUUCAGCCGCCCAUGCCAGUGCCCAAGAAACCCCCAGCAACAACAUGUCCGAGAGCAGUGAUCAUGAGAGGACCUACUAGACCAGUCUGAACCACUCAACUACCUCCCCAGACCAGGAUUAGCACUCUACUGCCCCUCAAUGGCCCAGAGGCCACAUUACAUUACCUGAUGUGGAGUGCAUGACAUAGGCCUAUCUACCCAAAGCCCCAUCAAGUACCAACACAAAUGUGCAUUAUCUACCUCCUACUUAGCUCUAUAUGCGUUUCCAUACAACAUCAAAAAGAAAGAUUGUGAUACUGUAAAGUACUCCUGUCCUUGAUAUUUAAUUUCUAUGAUUACAACUAUUAGCUUUUUGUAUAAUUUUUUUUUUUUUGUAUUAUCAUUAGGACCUAGGGCUCUAUUCAAUUCGUAUUGUGGAAGUCCAGUGUUACAGCGUGAAACAUUUUAAAGGCAAUGUUCCUGCAUUCACAGUAAACGCUGCAUAUGUUAGCUCAAUCGGAAAUGUAUCUUUUACAUUUCUAUUGUGCAAUCUGUACGGCUUCAGCAAUACACAUUGAGUAGAGCCCCUACUUUCCAAGAGUGGACAGUCAUAUAACACUAUUGGGGGGAGGAAGUUGUAUUUGAUACUUAUACUUGAAAUUGCAUGUGCUGGGUUUGUAGGGCAGUACUGCACUGUUAAUGGGGACCAAGGUAAGGCCUUGUGCUGGAUUCUACUGAAUACACUGUCACACCUUUGAAUCAUACUAAUAUCUCCUUUAUUCCAACUGUGCACUGUUUGCACAUGAGCCUUGAUCGGAGGCAGAAUGACCAUCCAGUGUAUGUAUAUGAUACACAAUUUAUGCUUAUUAUAGGUCACAGCUGUCAAGCGGUGUAGAUGCUUUGACACCCUGUGGGAUUAAAAGUUUAUUUUUAAUGUGUUUAUUUCUGGUUAUUACUGCUAAUCUUCAAUAAUGGACCAUACAGCUGGGUUCUUUUCUAUUUACAUAAUUAACACAUUUUCUCCUUGUGUUUAUUGUUCAAGUAGUUUUUAUUGUUUUUUAACUUAACUGUGACGUUUAUCAGACAUUCAGGUGAUAGAUGUUCUCAGACAUUUACUGAUUUUAGACCUAGAUUCAAUCAGAUCAAGUGUUAACCGGUGAUAGCUGACACCCGCAUAGACUGAUGUUUUGGCGGAGUCACAAAGCCAAACCUGUCCCACUCGCAUUGGAAUUUCAGAAUUAGAAAAUCUAUGCUAUAUAGAAAUAAAGUUGCUCAAAUUGAAAAGCAUUCAAACAAAAUAAAAUAGAGGAUUUCUAUCAACCUAAUUGAGAUGUACUGUAGAUAACAUCUCACAUUCCAGUGUUCGAAUUUGUAAACAAGGCUGCAUGGGUUUUCUCUUAAUGCGACGCCAUGCAUGUUAACUGUAGGUAUAAUGCCAGGAGCCGCAUGUGGAUUUGACCGCUCUAACACAGUUCCACAUCCAACACUGCCAAAAAAAACUGCUAUGUGAAUAUACUGUCUUUUCUGCAGUAUCAUUAUUAAAUAAUUUGUUGCAAACCAA